AUGUAUAGUGAACUUACACAUCCGCAGGUGAAAAUCAAUGUCGCUGGACUCAUUGUACCUCUGAAUCAUUUGACUAGACCGUGGCUGGCACAACGUAGGUAUUGGAACAAUCAGCCGUACGUAGACGGUCACAUAGCAUUGAAGCGACAAGGAGAGCACUUCCGCAAUCACUCGGAUGUAUUUACUGCCGAGAAUUAUGACUUCAUGUUCAGUUUUGUUGGAAUCGGCCUGGAUGCGACCUUCGGUAUCUUGGGAUUGGCCAACCUCGGUGUUGCCUGCGGAGCCAGAUCAUCUCAAGUGGCUAUAAUUCGAAACAACUUAGAUCAUUACUUGGUGGCUACUCAUGAACUCGGACAUCUACUUUCAGUUGAUCAUGAUGAGGAUACCGAUUGUAAACAAAACUUGGGCGUUAUGGGAGCGUUUGUAACAGGAACAAUGGAAAAUUUUGUGUGGUCGUCCUGCGCAAAAAGCUCGAUGCAGAAUUAUUUCAGUAACCGGAAGAGUCGGUGUCUCCAGAGUUGCCCUCAAACGAACCCCAAUUGUGGGAAUCGACCACCUAGUUUUACAGACGAGAUAAGUUGCAUCAUCUACCCUUCACAAGUUUGUAAAAAAAACGGAAAAAUUGUAGCUGGGCGUGUGUCCUGCGAAGAUGGCAUGAUAUGCAGUGAUGGCGUCAAGGCAGAAUACAAUUAUUGUGUGGAAGGUUUAUUACCUGAGGAAAUGAAACGAUAUUGUAAGUUAAUGGAUGAUGUAGCAAUUACUAACGGUAUUGUCACUCCCGCCCGGAAUGGAUUGAUAUGUAAUUCGUCAGACCCCAAUAACAUUUCGGUUUGCUAUCAACGUAAAUGCGUUCCAGUUGAUCGUAUACCUCCUCUAUGUGAAUCUGCAUAA